UAUGCAUAUGGCAUCCUUCAAUGUUCAUUCUCCUCCUGCUGCUGCUCCACCUCUCACUAAUAAGUACGAUGUGUUCAUCAGCUUCAACGGUAGGGACACGCGUAACGGUUUCACUAGCCAUCUUCAUGCCGCUCUAUGCAAAAACCAGAUUGAAACGUUCAUAGACUACAGAAUUGAAAAAGGUGGGGAGAUCUGGCAAGAACUCGUGGAAGCCAUCAGAGAGUCGAUGGUGUAUCUGGUCAUCUUCUCCGAACGCUAUGCACAGUCAAAGUGGUGCUUGCGGGAGCUCGUUGAGAUCAUGGAAUGCAAGAACAAGAAUGGAGACUACCAUGUCAUUCCUGUGUUCUACAAGAUUGAACCAAGCCAUGUUCGGAAGCAAACGGGCAGCUACUACUCCAUAUUUGCGGAAUAUGAGAGAAACUUGGACCAUGGCCUUGUUCGCCAGUGGAGAAAGGUACUCUUUGACGCUGCCAAUAUCUCCGGCUUCGAAUGCAACGGCCGCAGGACGGAGGCUGAGAUCAUUGAAGGCAUAAUCCGAAUGGUUGUGCAGAAAUUGAAUCACAAAUAUACAAAUGAAGUCAGAAGUCCUUUUAUUCGAGAUCAAAACUAUGCAUGCAUUGAAGCUCUUCUCAAAAUGCAAUCAAGGGAAGUUCAAAUCAUUGGAAUCUGGGGCAUGGGCGGUAUAGGUAAAACAACCCUUGCUGCUGCAAUUUUCAAGGAGUUCUCUUCCAAAUUUGAGGCUAGUUGUUUCUUGGAAAAUGUAAGAGAAGAAUCAUCAAAUCAUGGAUUCAAUCACAUAUUCAAGAAACUCCUUUGUGAUUUGCUGGAGGAAAAGGUUCAUAUUAGCACUCCCAAAGUAAUAUCCUCAGCUAUCAUAAGUAGAUUAAGGCGUAAGAAGGUUUUCAUUGUACUAGAUGAUGUCCAUACUUCUGAACUCUUAGAAACUUUGCUUGGAGUUGGCCAUGAUUAUCUAGGAUUUGGUAGCAAAGUGAUUGUGACAACCAGAGAUAAGCAUGUGCUUCAGGGAAGAGUGAUCAUACAUCACAUUCAUGAAGUAAAAGAAAUGAGUUUUGAGAACUCCCUUAAACUUUUCAGCUUAAAUGCCUUCAACAAGCAUUGUCCAGAAACUGAAUAUUGGGAUCUAUCAAUGAUAGUAGUUGCUUAUGCAAGUGGCAUCCCUUUGACUUUGAAAGUUUUGGGAUCUUUUCUGAGAUCAAAAAGUUAUAAUGAAUGGGAGAGUGCAUUGGCAAAACUGAAAGCAGUUCCCAAUGGAGAUAUUCAGAAGGUAUUGAGAUGGAGUUUUCAUGAAUUGGAUGAUGCAGAAAAAAAUAUAUUUCUUGACAUUGCAUGUUUUUUCAAAGGGCAAAACCGAUAUAAAGUAACAAGGUUAUUGAAUGCCUGUGGUUUCUUUGCGGAGAUAGGGAUAAGAACCCUUUUAGACAAGGCUUUGAUAAGAAUAACAAUCAAUGAUAGCAUACAAAUGCAUGAUUUGAUACAGGAAAUGGGUCACAAAAUUGUCCAUGAAGAAUCCAUUAAGAACCCAGGAGGGCGUAGUAGGUUGUGGAAAUCUGAAGAAGUUCGAGACAUAUUGAAAAAUAACAAAGGGACCGAUGCAAUUGAAACAAUAUUCUUGGAUAUGACUCAAAACACUGAUGAGCUGUGCAUAAGUUCCCAGGCAUUUAGGAAGAUGCCAAACCUAAGGUUACUUGCUUUUGCAGAUAAUAAAGCUUUUCAGAGGAAGAAGAAGAGAACUAAUGAGACACUAGACCUUCCAACAAAUCUUGAGUUGCCUAAUAAUUUGAGAUAUAUCCAGUGGGAUGGUUGUCCAUUGAAAUCUCUAACAACUAGUUGGCCUAGUAAGCUUGUUCAGCUUUCCAUGCCAUACAGCAACGUUGAAAAACUUUGGGAUGGGGAACAGAAUAUACCCAGUCUGGAGGUAAUUAACCUUGAAUGUUCUAGAAGCAUGAAAGAGUGUCCAGACUUGUCAGGUUGCCCAAAUCUAAAACUAGUACGGCUCACUGGGUGUGCAAGCUUGACUCAUGUUCACCCUUCUGUUUUCUCUCGUCCAAAGCUUGAAAGUUUACAUGUAUAUGAAUGCAACGCACUCACAACCCUAUCAACUGAAUAUUGUUCACCAUCUCUUCAAUCAAUUGUUGCCUAUGAUUGCCCUAAUCUCCAAGAGUUCUCAGUCCCAAUGAUUGGUGAUCAUUCCGGAAUUCAUCUGCAUCUGAGGUCAACUGCUUUGAAGAAACUACCAUCAUCAAUAUUUCAUCUUAAGGAUCUUCAACACUUCUCCUUUCCAAUUAGUGAGAGCCUUAUGGAUCUUCCUACAAACUUUGCCUUUCAAAUCUCGCUUUCUGACCCUGUUGAACAUAAGUAUGACACUGCAAUCACCUUACAUAAAGUACUACCUAGCCCUGUCUUUCAAUCUGUAGUACGUGUAGUGUUUGAUAAUUGUUGCAGCUUAACUGAAAUCCCAGAAAGCUUCUCUUUGUUAUCAUCAUUAGCGCACUUAAACCUAUAUCGUUGCAUUAAUGUCACAACCUUGCCCCAAAGCCUUAAGUGCCUUCCACGCCUUGAAGUUCUUAACAUUUUUCAAUGUGAUAUGCUGGAAAUUUUGCCAAUGCUUCCACCUUCCUUGAAACGCCUUAGGGUCUGGGAUUGCAAGCUUCUGAAGACAGUGUUGAGUACAAUAAGCGAACCAACCAGGAAAGACGAGGCUACAUUUUUGUUCCUGAACUGCAAUAAUUUGGAUGAAGACUCGUAUGGUAUCAUCUUGAAAGAUGUUAUUGUAAGGACAGAACUUGUGAUAACACCAUCAUCAUCAGGAACAGAAUUUGAAAACCAAGAAGAAGAAAGAUUCUUUGAUUGUUACACAGAUUUUGGUGAGAUUUGUUAUUUGUUGCCAGUUAGAGGCAGUAACAUUCAUGACUUGUUUGAUGUCCACUCUACUGAAGAAGCUACUUAUAAGUUGAGUGUUGAAGUGCCUCGAGAUUCCAACUUAGUUGGUUUCCUUUUUUUCAUUGUUGUUUCUGAAGAACAAUGGAGUUGCAUAGAAGAACACAUAUGGUACAAUGUAGGUGACCUCCUAGGCUUUGGGUGUGAAUGUUCCUUGGAAACAAGUUGGGAUGAAAAGGUUCAUACAGAAAGCUUCUCCUUGUUACAAUGGCACUGGGAUCAAUUCUACCAUCAUCUCAAUAUUACUUCAGAUCAUGCGUUAUUAUGGUAUGACGAGAAAUGCUGUAAGAAGAUAAUGGAACCAAUUAGAGGGAGAAAAGGAAAAGACAUCAAUGAUGAGAAAGGAUCCACGUCCACUUGCAACAAUGCAAAUCUUACAGUUGAAUUCUUUGCUGGGGUGGUGAAUAAAUUGGAUGCAGUGAUACAAGAGUGUGGCAUUUGCUGGAUAUAUCAAAAUGUGGAGGAAGAAGAAGGACCAAGAGGGCGCAAAUCCAAGAGAAGCAUCGAAGAAUCUUGUGAGGAAGAAGGUUCUGAAUCUAAUGAUGAGCAAGAAGAAUCAUCAAUUCCUCCAACAAAGAAGUUUAAGCAAAGUUUGCUAGAACCUCCCUUCAUACUUGAAGGAGAAGAAGUAGUAGAGGACUUGAGGGAAAAACUUGAAGAAAUCUUGCACAUUGGAUUUGAUAUUUGGAGAUUCAUUUGAUGAGGAAAGGAACGAGAUGUAUCUCCUCCGGGAAGUACUGUUAUGUUAUUGCAGUUUCUUGUAAUUGAUAUGAAGGUUUAUAGGGCUGGGUAGUACUGAAUGCAGAGUGAAGACCGCAUCUUGCUCGUGUUCACUGAUGUCAGAAAGCAUGAUUUGAAUAGCGAAAUUUGCAGGAAGUUUUGCAAGAUUCUUGCUAAUGGGAAAAGAG